GUGCUCGUUACCUAUGUUUCACGUGGUGACGUUCCUAGCCUUGCCUGUAUGUCUUUCACAGUUGGCGACAGGGAUAGUGGAAAUGUUUUCGACCCUACCCGUGUGUACGAAUAUUUGGAGAAGAUGACGAUAAGCCCAAUAACUUAUUUGAACACCAAAGUCUCUUCAGUAUAAACGUGAUAUUGCUUAGAGUGACUCACAUAUCUUGACCUCCAGCUGAGAAAGGAUAAACGAAAAACCACACUGAUACAGCGGCGGAUUUUUGUGUGGUUGGUAGCGCUAACGUUAGCUAGCUAACGUUAGCUAGCUAUGGAGGAUAUUAACUCAAACAUCAACGCGGACUUGGAGGUGCGCAAGCUGCAGGACUUGGUAAAGAAACUCGAACAGCAAAACGAGCAGCUCCGUAGUCGGUCUACUCUAUUGUCUUCGUCUGGAGCAGUGUCAGGAAACCAUAGACCCCUUAGUGCUGGAUAUGACUCACCCCUGUCAGCCGCCUCGGCGGCGGGGCUGGUCGGCUUCCCUGGGGUGGGGUUCGGCGGAACGGGUGCCUAUGGGGGGCUUUUGGAAAACUCCCGUUUGAGCCCCAGACUGUCAUAUGAUGGCAUCAGUUUCAGGAGAGCAUAUGAGGGCGAGGGGGCAUCGGCUGCCACCUCUUUCACUGGCAUCAAUUCGUACUUUACUGACGCAGGGGAAACACUGGGUUUUAUGGAUGAAGGGGAAACUUCAAUCUUGGAUGAAGUAGACAUCCUCGAUCUUGAAGACAUGGAUUGUCUGAACGAAGAUGAAGACAGCUGGCUGUAUGAGGCGAAGCUGAACAGCCCUUGGCAGAAAGCCUUGAGUCCCAUCGUGUGGUGUCGCCAGGCUCUGGACAACCCCAGUCCUGACAUGGAGUCAGCCAAGCGCUCCCUCAUCCACAGACUGGACCUCACCAUGUCAGCAAACAAGCGGAGGAGCCUGUAUGGAAGUUCCUAUAGUCCCCAGGUGAACUACGGAAGCCCAUACAGCACAAACACAUUGAACAGCCCCUACAGCAGCGGCUUCAACUCCCCUUCCUCCACCCCCAGCAGGGUGCCCAUCGUCAGACAGCAGCUGAUGCCCCCUCUCCACCAGGCUCAGCAGCAGCGUGGUGGCUCAGUAGAGAGAGAGAGGAACGCCCCACCGGUCAGCCCUCAGUCUUCAAUAGACAGUGAGCUGAGCACCUCUGAGAUGGACGAGGAUUCUGUGGGAUCCUCCACCACGUACAAACUCAACGACGUCACUGAUGUACAGAUCCUGGCUCGCAUGCAGGAGGAGAGUCUUCGGCAGGACUAUGCUGCCACAGCUUCCAGGCGUAGCUCUGGUUCGUCCUGCCACUCUCUGAGACGCAGCACCUUCAGUGACCAGGAGCUGGACGCCCAGAGUCUAGAGGACGAUGAGGAGGCUGUACACCCCGCCUUCCACCUCCCCUCGAACCGCUUCUCCCACUCCCCCAGACACUCCCCCCGCGCCUCCCCCAGGAACUCCCCACGCUCACGCUCCCCAGCACGCUCCCUGGAGUACAACCACAGCCGGGGCUCCCCGCAGCCAAUCAUCAGCCGGCUGCAGGCGCCACGUCACUCCCUGCAGGGCCAUGCCCCCCAAGACCUGCAGACCAACGUGGUGAAGAACGAAGAGAAGCUGGGGCGUAGUCUUCCUAACCUGACCCGCUCCAACGUGGCCCAGCAUGGCCCAGAGCCCGUCACGAACAGCAGGAGCUGUGAGUCCAACCUGCAAGUGCCAAACGGAAGCUCACCGAGACACCAGGCAGUCAUUCAGUCUGCCAUAGCCCAGCACUCCUCCACUCCACUCCACUCCCGGUACUCUACCCCCCCUCGCUCCUCCCAAACAGGAACUCCCUCUCGAUCCUUGCUGUCCCCGAAACCCAAACAGCACCUCCAAAGCCCUUCUUCCCUCCGAGUCCAUCUUUCCUGUUGCUUUGGAGAAGAAGGGGAUUUCAUCCCUUCUCCCAGUAAGCUGCGAACCCCAGCCACCCCGUCUCCCCUGGCCCUGAGGCAGCCUGUAAAGGCCACGUCUACCCCUGGCUCUGGAGCCUCCACCCCCACACGCUCCCUGGGCCCAGCACGCAGCGGCCUGCCCCGGCCCAGUGCAGGAGGAGGAGGAGGUGGCAUCCCUGUGCCUCGCAGCAAACUGGCCCAGCCAGUACGCAGGUCUUUACCUGCCCCUCGGAACUACAGUGGCGGAGAGAAUUGGAGAGAGGGCUGCUACUGAGGCUGGCAUGGCCAGCAGGGGGCACUGUUGCUCUCUCAUCAGCACAAAGAGGCAUACAAACAUUACAAUGCGGCACUUUAUCAACCAAGAUUACUUUUACCAUGAAUCAAGAAACUAUAUCAAAGACACAAGUCACAUUCUUCAUACUAUCAUGAGCAACAUGAUCUGAACAGCUGAAGCAACAUGGUGUGUUUAUCUGUGUGGAGAGGUUCUGAAGGGGCCAGGGGCCGUGCUAUUCCGGUUCCUUAGGACGUUCCUACUAGUGGCCCGCAACUGCUAAUAACCCAUCCGGACCCGCCCGACAAUGUGAAAAUCUGAGGUCCACACCCGACCCUUACCCGCUAAUAUAGAAAAUGCGCUGUAUACCACAUUCGAAACCAGCUAAACUAUUUUUUGACAGGGAGUGCAGGAUUCUUUUUGUGCCAAAUUUAGAUAUGUUACUGCAUAUCAUUUCUAACAUUUUAGUAGGCUAUUUGUUAUUUAACUUGCCUAUAAUUAGAUACAUGCAGCUUCUCUUCUUUCAUGAUAUGUAGCCCUAGAAGACCAAGUAAAUCCAUUAAUCAGUAGAAUGAACGCUUCAAUCUAGUUGACAUCGGUAGUUUUCUGUCAUCUGUUUAUUUUGCGGAUGUAAGACUUUUAGGGACCGGGGAGAAAAUGCAAUAACAAAAAAUAUAAACAGGAAUGAUUUUCUGUGCAACAUUUUCUAAGGAAAUUUGUAAGGAAAUCGAACGCUGUGAAAAAGAGCUGUGAAAAAUAACAAAAAGAUUUCUCCACUCCUGUUCCUGAGUCAAAAUGUUGCCUACAUUUGGUGUAUAAUUUUACUUCAGGAAAUGCUUAAUUCUGCAGGAGUUAAUAUUAAGGCUAUGUGGGAGGUUGUGAUUGUCAAAUUUGUGUAUCGCCUCAAUCAUGCAUAACAUAAACAUAGGUUUAGGGUAGGGAUGUCCCAAGGGUCCUGUAGAGUACUAACCAAGGGGCCAGGCAGGGCUGGCGUGCGGAAGGGGCCAGGCAGGGCUGGCGUGCGGAAGGGGCCAGGCAGGGCUGGCGUGCGGAAGCCCAGAGAUUCCAAAGAAACCGAGCUCCAGCAUCACGGCGCCUCCAGAGGGCACUGUCACAUGCCUCGGGGUGUCUGUUCAGCCAUCAGUCAAUCACACAAUGCUUUUCUCCAUCUCCCUUACUCCUUCCCUCGUCUCUUUUAUCUUUUCACCUCCCUCAGGUUGAAAUGUUUCUACACAUUUCUCUUUUUGCAGUCUGUUCUUAACAGAUGCCUUGGUUAGAGAUCUCUUAUGAUGAUGCUGUGCAGGUGAAGAGUUCCCUUAAUGUUAAAGAAAUGUUGUGAAUGUUUUACGAAGUGAACUCACCUCUGUAUGGUUGUGUUGUCAAAUCAUAGUUUUUGUCCACUUGUGAAACAACUAGAAUGUAUUAAUGUUUGUUUGGGACAUUAUUUAUUCAAAUAAUUAUUUAAAGAGUUCCUUUUCCAAAUAUACAUUUUCAGCAUUCGUUUUCUAUUGAUUUGAAUAAUUUGUAAAAAAUGAACAUUUUGAACCUCAACUGCAAAGCUUAUUCUCCAAAGUCUUUUGAGAUGGUUUAAUAACAGGACAUUUGUGUUUUUAUGUUGAACACACAGGUGACUGGUAGAAACAGGCCAAAGCCCCAUCUCUGAUCUUAACCAUAACUAUCGCUUAACCUGGACUGACUAUCACAUAUUUUCCAGAGCUGAGUAGACAGUAGUCAUGUCAAACUGGGCCAAUCACUGGUAGCCAUCACAGUCUCACUCCAAAUCUACUUCUGGAUUGGUUGGUUAGCUCCAUCUGCUCUCCCACAUUGGUUUAAUGUGCAGUUACAAUAUCUACUGUAUAGUCAGACAUGCUCCCACUAAAACAUAUAGAAUUCUGCACUUGUAACCCUGAGAUCUGAGCACGCAGAAAAGGCUUGAUGUAGUUCAUUUAAAACCUGCAACAAUAUUGUGUCAGUGUAUGUUAUGUCAAGAUGGAGAGAAUACAUUAUCAUGACAUCUUAAGUAAGAUAAUAAUGGAAGUUGUAUAAGUUAGUGGCCAUUUGCCUCUUGUGCUUUAAAAUGAAUCAAAGAGGAGUGCCGAGAUUCAUAGGGAUGGUAUUGGUGUGCCAGAAAUUAUCAAACUAGUGCCUAUUCAUUUAAAGUUUCACUUUAUUUUGAAUGUGCUUUUAUUUGUUCAUUUAUCAUUAUGUGCCAAUAAUGUCUUGGUUUGCCAAUAUAAUUUGUGCCUUUGCAUUUCUGCUUGAUUUAGUUUGGGCUAAUUUUGUUAUUUUAAUUGUAUCAUCAAUGCAUUUAUGAUUGCUUGUGUAUAAUAUGCGCCUUGAUAUUUAUAACAAAUGACUCUCAUUCUGUAAAUGAAACUAUUUAAGAGAGGUGCCUCUGUAUGUCAAGGUUUGGAUUUAGUGGGAAACUUGGCUAGUGUUGCAAAAAAUACAUGCCACACCAUUUUGGGAUAGUUUUUGUUAAUUCACCUUUUUAUAUUCACCAACAUGACAUUCGGGGUUGGAUUCAAUUCGUAUUGCAUAAGUAUCGCGGAAGAUCCAUGUUGAAAUUUAAAGGCAAUGUUUCCGCGUCCACAGAGACUACAUUCACGCUGCCUACGUCAGAUGUUCUGCGAUACGGAUUGAAUCCAGACCUCAGAUUCCCUGUAUAAACUCACAUUUCAAUUUUAAAAAGUUGAGAAAUCGUUGUCUACUGUGUCAUGAAUGGGUCAAUUUCAUUCAAACACUUGUCAUUUCAGUCAGGGCCGGCGCCAGUAGGAAUCAGUUGAUGGGCACAUUUUUUCCCACUGUACCUCCCAUGUGUGCACGCACUUGUGCAAUCAAUUUUAUUUUUUAAAUGGGUGUUAUAGUGAACACCAUAGGCAGCUCAUGAGUUUCAAAUUUGGGGAAGCUUACAAUUUAUCCUACAAAUUCUACUGAUCUGCGUGCCAGUUAUUAUUUUAUAUGUGCAUUAUUGUGGAACACUUUUUAAUUUCAAUAACAUUUCGUUGCUCAAUAAUUGUCAUGUGGUUGAUCAUCAAUCUGAAGUAAAAUGAUCAUCUAAAUGUUAAAAUAAAGGAGAGCACCAGCCUCUGCUAUAUGGACACAUUGAUAGUGUAAACUGUGAUCCAUUGUUGGCUAAAGAAAUAAGCGCAACUCUGAGAUAGCCUAUAGGCCAAUGGGCAGCACGCCUAUAACUUCAUCAAUUAAGUAAAAUAUAUAGGCCUAAAGCCGACAUUAAAACAGUAGAAAACAUUUCACAAUCUCUCUAUACUCUGCUAGGUGCAACAUUGUAUCAAAUUGUCAACUUGCAACAUUGUAUCAACUAGCCUAUUCGGGACAGAUGGCUGUUUUCUUUCCUAUGGCAUUUCCCCUGGAAAUAUGGAAUAAUCAGAUCAUGAUACACUACAGUAUACAAUACCAGUCAAACGUUUGGACACACCUACUCAUUCAAGGGAUUUUCUAUGAAAGAACACACAUGGAAUCAUGUAGUAACCAAAAAAGUGUUAAAUAGCCUUUACAGUCUGGAGGUGUGUUGGGUCAUUGUCCUGUUGAAAACAAAUGAUAUUCCCACUAAGAUCAAACCAGAUAGGAUGGCGUAUCGCUGCAGAAUACUGUGGUAGCCAUGCUGGUUAAGUGUGCCUUGAAUUCCAAAUAAAUCACUGACAGUGUCACCAGCAAAGCACCCCGACACCAUCACACCUCCUCCAUGCUUCACGGUGGGAACCACAUAUGCAGAGAUCAUCCGUUCACCUACUCUGCGUCUCACAAAGACACGGAGGUUGGAACCAAAAAUCUCAAAUGUGGACUCGUCAGACCAAAGGACAGAUUUCCAACUGUCUAAUGUCCAUUGCUCAUGUUUCUUGGCCCAAGCAAGUCUCUUCUAAUUAUUGCUGUCCUUUAGUAGUGGUUUCUUUGCUGCAAUUUGACCAUGAAGGCCUGAUUGACACAGUCGCCUCUGAACAGUUGAUAAUAAUAAUAAUAAUAUAUGCCAUUUAGCAGACGCUUUUAUCCAAAGCGACUUACAGUCAUGUGUGCAUACAUUCUACGUAUGGGUGGUCCCGGGAAUCGAACCCACUACCCUGGCGUUACAAGUGCCAUGCUUGAUGUUGAGAUGUGUCAGUUACUUGAACUCUGAAGCAUUUAUUCGGGCUGCAAUUUCUGAGGCUGUUAACUCUAAUGAACGUAUCCUCUGCAGCAGAGGUAACUCUGGGACUUCCUUUCCUGUGGCGGUCCUCAUGAGACCCAGUUUCAUCAUAGCGCUUGUUGGUUUUUGCCACUGCACUUGAAGAAACAUUCAAAGUUCUUGAUAUUUUCCUGAUUGACUGACCUUCAUGUCUUUCAAGUAAUGAUGGACUGUCGUUUCUUUGCUUUUGAACUGUUCUUGCCAUAAUAUGGACUUGGUCUUUUACCAAAUAGGGCUAUCUUCUGUAUACCACCCCUACCAUGUCACAACACAACGGAUAGCCUCAAACGCAUUAAGAAGGAAAGAAAUUCCACAAAUGUACUUUUAACAAGGCACACCUAUUAAUUGAAAUGCAUUCCAGGUGACAACCCCAUGAAGCUGGUUGAGAGAAUGCCAAAAGUGUGCAAAAAAGCUGUUAUAAAGGCAAAGGGUGGCUAGAAUCUCAAAUAUUUGUAUUUGUUUAACACUUUUUUUUGGUUUACUACAUGAUUCCAUACGUGUUCUUUCAUAGUUUGAUGUCUUCACUAUUAUUCUACAAUGUAAAAAUAAAGACAAACCCUUGAAUGAA